CUUGUUCUGGGCAGGUAUAAAUAAUAUUUUUGGCUAAUGAAUUCAAGAAAUGUUUUUGUUCUUUUUAAUAAACAUAUGUAAAUAGUUCAGUUCAGGUAGUCAAGAUGAAGGGUGUUAUUAUUAUAAGUGUCAUUGCAACUCUCAGUUGGGCAUCGGCGCAUAUACUUCCAGCCUCAACGAGUUUACUAAGGACAUCGUCAAUUCCUUACACCAACCAAAUCAUACCAACAGUCUAUUCCCAACCACUGCUAGCCCAUUACACUAGCCCAUUCGUACAACAUGGUUCUGUAUUCGCUCACCAGCAACCUAUAUUUGCUCAGUAUCCUGGACUAGUUCAGUAUCCGUAUCCAGUAGCUCAGAACCCAGUGUUGCAAAACCCGAUUCUGCAAAAUCCAGUUAUCGGACAAAUACCGAAUAUUCCUGCUCAAGGUGGUCCAGUUAUUGAACCUGCUGACCCCGCUGGAAGUCCAGUAGUGCCACUGCCUCCAUUACCCGCACCACCACAACAGUCACCAAUUUUAGGUGGUAGACCAGGAUCCACCACUCAGGAUGACGACACUGUUACAAUAGAAGCUGCAUAA